ACCCCAUCCUUAUCAAUAGUUAUCCCCCCCCCUGGUUAUAUUAGAGAACCCCGGUUGGUCGUGUUAACAGCGCAGCGGAGCUCCUCCCCACGUGUCCUGCAGCAGCAACAUGGUCCCUCACUGAUCCUGGUCCUGCUGGUCCUCCUGUCCUGGUACCGCUGCUGCUGCUCUGCCACGCGGAUGAGGUGGCCCGGGCCGAGCCGUGAAGAGUGCAGGUUGGAUCCCUGAGAUCUGCUCCUCUCCUGUGACAUCUCCUUCCUGCCUCUCAGUCUGAUCUCGUCAGCAUGGCCAGCGGUGAUGAAGACGACCCCAUCAUAGAGGAGAUCGACGUUUACCUCGCUAAGAGCCUUGCAGACAAGUUGUAUCUUUUCCAGUACCCCGUCCGACCGGGCGCUAUGACUUAUGGCGACGUCAACCACCUAUCAGCCCGCAUCAAACCCAAACAGCAGAGGGUGGAGCUGGAAAUAGCCAUCAACACCAUGAGUCCGAACUACUGUAACAGUAAAGGAGAACAAAUAGCUCUGAAUGUGGACGGCACCACUUACGACGAGACCAGCACCUACUCGGCAAAAAUGAUGGACAAACAGUCGUUUUCCUCCAUCCAGGCCACCACCAACACCUCCAGAUACGCAGCUGCUGUGUUUCGCAAAGGUGAGCUUCACGUCACCCCUCUGGCGGGGAUCCUGCAGAUGAGACCCAGCUUCUCCUACCUGGACAAGGCUGAUAACAAAACCAGAGAGCGCGAGGCAGCCAACGAAGGUGGAGACUCUUCACAGGAUGAAGCCGAGGAAGAAGCCAAGGCCAUAACGGUGAGGUUCGCCCGUCCCGAGUCGGAGCAGGCGCGGCAGAGGAGGAUGCAGUCGUUCGAGUUCCUGCAGAGGAGGCAGGCGGAGGAGCCGUGGGUCCACUUGCAGCACCACAGUGUUAAAGAUGGACGUUCAGAGCAUGAAAAGCAGUACUUGUUCUGUCAGUCCGGUGAUGGCGCUGAGAACUCAGACCUGGUCAAGACUCCAAAGGAGUAUUUGGCCAUGCUCAUGCCACCUCUUGCAGAGGAGAAAGUCGUGAAAGCUGUUGGUCCCAGCAACGUCCUCUCCAUGGCUCAGCUCCGGACUCUGCCGCUGGGAGACCAAGUCAAGACCUUGAUGAAGAAUGUCAAGGUAAUGCCUUUCGCUAACCUGAUGGGGCUGCUCGCCUCCGGUACCGACCAGACCUCGGUGCUGCGAUGCAUCCAGCAGGUGGCGCUGCUGGUCCAGGGGAACUGGGUAGUCAAGAGUGAUGUCCUGUAUCCCAAAAACACCUGCAGUGCCCACAGCGGCGUCCCUGCUGAAGUGCUCUGUCGCGGCAGAGACUUUGUGAUGUGGAGGUUCACUCUGGAGCGCUCUGUGAUGAGAAAGGAGAUUACGUCUAUUAUAAAACUUCCUCCGGAGGAUGUGAAGGAGUUCCUGGAGCACGUGGCAGCUCCUCGGGUCAACCGGGGCUGGGAGUUCCUGCUGCCUACUGAUGUGGACUUCAUUAGGAAGCACCCAGACGUGGCCCACAGGCAGAACAUGCUGUGGCUCGGCAUCCAGAGCAAGUUGGAAAAGGUGUUUAAUUUCUCUAAAGAAGAUUUUGUGCCAAAGAAUUCCUCUCAGCCCGACCCUGUCCACAUCAGUGGGGACCAGCGUCUGAGGAUGGCUGAGGAGCGAGCAAAAGACACCCACACCUCUCUCCAGAAGGACCUGGACGCCAGACGCGCAGGAAGCGGCAUCCACGUCAAGCAGGAGCCCGCCAGCGACCGGGAGGACGAGCCGAUGGACGCCUCGUCCUCCCACAUUCCCAACGGCUCCGUGAACGGUUACCCCAGCGCCUCCUCGCCCUGCCUAGGCACUAACGGAGGCAGCCCCGCCAACGCGCCGUCCCCGGAGCUGCAGGACUUUGUGAGAAAGACUUUCAGGAAGCACUUUGUGCUGACGCUGAACGAGCUGAAGAGGCUGUUCAACCUCCACCUGGCGUCCAGGCCGCCGGGAUCCAGCAUCUUCCCAUCGGUGUCGGACCACAUGCUGCAGGACGUCGCGCUGCUCUGCCAGUGCAAACAGAUCAUGGUGCCUUUUCCCGCUCAGACCAAAGCAGCUGCCGACGAACAGAAGGUGUUUGGUUUGUGGGACACCGGGGACGACUUUGACAAGCAUCGUCGGCUGCUCUACGACCUGUUCACGAAGAACUACCGCAUCAGGAGGAACAUGAUUCAAACCAAACUGUCGCAGGAGUUUGGGGAAGCGUCUAAAGCUGAGGUGGACCGGCUGCUUCAGGAGUGCUGCAGCAGCCAUGCGGGGAUGUGGUACCUCAAGGGAACGAUACAGUCCUGACCCCGGGAGCCUGCCCCCCUACGGUCAGCGUCACCCAAUCAAAUCCCCUGCCGUAUGUCCGGUGGGAGGGCAGUGGAGAAAUGAGAGCCAAUCACAGCAGCUGGCCGAGCUCUGAGGGCCAGCGACCGGAGGACAAACAUGUCGGCUGUGCGGCCUGCUCAGAACAAGUCCUUUCUCAUUUCGGACACAAACGUCUGCACACUGAUGCAGCAGAAGGACAGAAACUCCCUCACGGCUGGAGAGUCUGAAGAAACUGAAUCUACAAAAAUGAAGAAAUAGCAAGAUGCAUAUGUAAACGGUUUAUCAAUAGAGUUUUUUUCAAUUACGACCUCAUGUUGGAUUAUUUUUCUUACCAGAUAGGAUGUUUACUGUUGAGCGCUUUCGUUCUACUCCUGGUUUUUGCUAGAGAACAUGUUUUGUUUAGUUUGCUGCUUCAUCCCAAAACAACAACAGUAUUUUAAGGCCCUGUGGUAGAAAACUGGUCAAAUAUUGCCCCUUAAUUUGGUUUAAGGAUGUCAAGUAAUCACAAACGGUCAUUCUACCUUUAAACCAAAAGACAAGCUGCAGAAUGGGUGGAAACUUGUGAAGGAAAAUAACCUAAACUUGUCAAAACAAAAGGGAAACAGGAUGCAAAACUGGAAAAAAAAAAGUACCGAUUUGUUUUUGACAACUGUGGACCUGAAAUCUGUUACAGUAACGUUGGCUCGUCAUCAGUUUCUGCAUUCAAAAGUACCCAACGAUCGUUUUCGAGGACCGAGUGGAGUCGGUGGCUCAUGUUGAGGGUUUUUUUUUGUUUUCUUUAAAUCUGGGGUUGAAUGUAGAUUUUAAUUUGAGUGUCUGAUAUUUCAAGAGAAUCAAUAAAGUUCCAUUUUAGAGUAAAGUCACGUCACAUUCGACUCAAACUCAUAGUAAAAACAGGCCAGCACAUGAACUCCAGAUAGAGGAGGAUGAUGUUGCUAUGGGAACAGCGGUUUGUUGUGCUGCUAUCUUGAGCCUCCAUCUAAAGUGCCUCUGCUGCUCCAAGGCAUUCAGGACAAACUCCCACCUGUGCAUGAGAGAAGCUGCUUUAAUUUCCCUUACGGAGAUGUGAAGAAGGGGUUCAACAUUUCACACAAAAUUUACAAUUUCCCACAUUUAUGGGUUGGUUUUUUUUCAUGUUGCUCAAUAAACACAAGUGUGAACUUG